AUGUUAUGGGUAGAAAAACAACAAGUUUUGAAAUUGAACUUGAAAUUGAACGGUAUUGAUGAUAAUUUAUUCCCAAAUGCAAAGAUAGGUAGAAUAGCACAAAAGUUAGUGGGUUACAUAUUAGUAUUUUUCAUUACUACUUUGGUGUUUGUCGCAGUCUAUCUUUGGUAUACAGUGUACUUCCCAUACUACUUGGCAACAUAUGAUCUAGAUCAACUAUCGAUAUGGUAUCACUUGAACUGUUUAGUUUGUUUUGGUUUGGUUGCCAACAUCUUGACUUAUUAUCUUUAUUCCAUAACUGUAACAUCCUAUUUAAAACUACCUAUCAAUAAUAAUAACAACAACAACAACAAUAAUAAUAAUAAUAAUAAUAAUAAUAAUAAUAAUAAUAAUAAUAAUAAUGAUAGUCAACAAGAAGUACAACAAUAUUGUAAACAAUGUGGAUCAACUAAAAGAAAUAACUCAUAUCAUUGUAAGAUCUGUAAGAGAUGUGUGGAUAAGAUGGAUCAUCAUUGUCCUUUCGUAUCAAACUGUGUUGGUAGCAGAAAUCAUAGUUACUUUAUCAACUUUUUGAUAUAUACAACUCUGGGAGUGUUGUAUGCAGCUAAACUCUCUUGGCUACCAUUCCAACAUUUACCAUUUGUUUAA